UUUUUUUUUUUUUUUUUUUUUCUCUUUAAAGUAAAUCAAGCAGCUAUUAGUAACUGUUAAAAAAAUUAAAUUAUUUUAUAUUUCUUCAUAAUAGUCUUCAAACAUUAAAUUUAAUUAAUUUAAAGAAUCAAUAAUGUUAUUAUUAUGUUUAAUAACGAUUAUUUUAUUAUUAAUUUCCAUACUUGUAAUGGCAAAAAAUAAUAAAAAAAAAAAUUAUCCACCGGGACCAAGAGGAUUUCCAAUAAUUGGAUCAUUAUUAAGCAUUAAUUCAAAAGAGCCUCACAUAAGUUUAACAAAAUUAUCGGAAAAAUAUGGAGCAAUUUAUAGUUUGAGAAUGGGUUCAGUGUAUACAGUUGUUUUAUCGGAUCCAAAAUUGGUACGUCAAGCACUAGCCAAAGAUGCAUUUUCUGGUAGGGCACCUCUUUAUUUAACUCACGGUAUAAUGAAUGGUUACGGAAUAAUUUGUGCUGAAGGUGAAAUUUGGAAAGAGCAACGAAAAUUUGUAUCAAUAACUUUAAAAAACUUAGGAAUGAUUAAAUACGGACCAAAAAGAGAUAUUAUGGAAAUAAAAAUAAGAGAAUUGACAAAUGAAGCUAUACAAAAAUUGAAAGAUAAGUCAAUAAUUAAUGUUAAAAAUGGAAUUGAUCCAAUAGAAAUUUUACAUAAUUGUAUUGGUAACAUAAUGAAUAAUUUAGUAUUUGGAAAAGUUUAUAAUGAAAACGAUGAAAUUUGGAAAUGGCUACGUGAAUUACAAGAAGAAGGAGUUAAACAUAUUGGAGUCGCAGGUGCUUUAAAUUUUUUGCCAUUUUUAAAAUACAUACCUUAUUAUAAAAAUUUAAUGAAAUCACUUAUUGAUGGAAAAUUAAAAACUCACAAGUAUUAUCGUAAGUUAAUUGAUGAAUACAAAUAUAAAAAUAAUUUAAAUAAUGAUAAUGAUGAUAAUUUUCUUGCGGCAUUUUACAAUGAAAUGACAAAAAGACAAAACAAUAAUAGUGAUAAUAAUGUUGGUUCAUUUACUGAACAACAGUAUUAUCAUUUAUUAGCUGAUAUUUUUGGUGCUGGUACAGAUACAACUUUAACUACAAUACGUUGGUUUUUACUUUAUAUGGCUAUUUUACCGAAUCAACAGGAAAAAAUUUAUCAAGAAAUAAAAACAAUUGUAGGAAAUAAACAAGAAAUAACUCUGGAAGAUAGUUGUUCUUUAAUAUUACUACAGGCUAGUAUUUGUGAAAUUCAAAGAUUAAAAACAGUUGUUCCUGUAGGUAUACCACAUGGUGCUAUUGUAGAUGAUAAAAUAGGUGAUUAUGAUAUACCUAAAGGUGCAAUGAUUAUUCCAUUACAAUGGGCAAUUCAUAUGAAUCCAAAUUAUUGGGAAAAUCCAAAUGAAUUUAUUCCUGAAAGAUUUAUUUCACCAGAUGGAUUUUUAAUUAAACCGUGUGCUUUUAUUCCUUUCCAAACUGGUAAAAGAAUGUGUGUUGGAGAUGAAUUAGCUAAAAUGAUUAUGAUUAUUUUUAUUUCCACAAUUAUUAAAGAAUUUAAAAUAUCUAUUCCCAGUGACGAUGAACCUAUCGAUUUAAAUGGUGAUUGUGGAAUAACUCUAGUUCCGAAAAAUUAUAAACUAACGUUUAUAGCUCGACAAUAAAAAUUAGUUAUAAAUAAAAAUAAAUAAUUAUUAUUUUCAUGUA